CUUGCACCCCCCACCUCGCCUCGGCUGGACUGCCCUGCUGCUACUGCUGCCGCCGCUGCUACUGUCACUUCGGACGGCCCUAACACCGCGCUACCGGCAGAGUUGGGCCCGCUGGCGUGGUCCCGAGUCAGGUCCUGGCCUCGAAACAAAGUCUGACCCUCCCGCCCACAGAGAGCAACAAGCUCACCGCACGGACAGGACCGAGCGUCACAGGUCACACACCCUGCCAAGAGCCAGGCCAUGGGGGUAAGACCAUUUCUGACCCUGCGGCCCUGGUCCAGCAUGCACCAUCCCUGGGCCUCAAGCCCCGCCAAGGGUUCAUCACAGGCCAGCCCUCCCAGUCCUCAGACAUGCAAGACACUCUUUUGCCUUUUCUUGACGCUCGUCUCAUCCCAGUCUCUCACAGUCUGGACUGCAAGCUGCGGGGCCAUGCUCCCUACAAGCACGCGGAUCCUGUCCCCUCCCCCAUGCUCAUCUCCUGCGCCGCCCAAAACAAUGCUCAUACUGGUGGCGGUCCAGAUGUGUGCUCUGCGUCUCAAAGUCGCAUUCCCAGUGGGGACUUGGGUCAUGCCUGGCCCGCCGCUCUACCAGCUGGCUACUGUGGCUAUUGCGAACGCGGCUCACCUCUGCCGACGACGGCAAAUUUGGUCUGUCUGCCCUAGCCUGGACCCAUUCCGAUCCGAGGCCCCGGAAAUUUCUGGGGGCCCAGCGGAACGGACGAAAACGCUUGGUUUGGGCUGGCGCCAGAACAUCAGAUCGUCUGGUGUCGGGCGCUAGCGCAAUAGUUGCAGUAGUGCUGUCGCUAGAUGCUUCCUCCUGCAUCGGCCCCGCCCUCCUCGUGGUCGUGUCCGCCCAAGCGCAGGUCAAAGCCCGCCCGCCUUGCACACGUCAGACUUUAAUUCAUCAUGCAGGUAAUCAAUCAAAAUAGCUC